CCCAAGCCUCGCCUCUCGCCGGCGGAAAGUUGCGCUGUGCUGCCCGCACUCCCCUCGCCCCCGACGACGCCGCCGGAGCCCCCGGAGGGCCCGAGACCCCGCGCCCUCAGCGCUCCAGCCCGGCUCGGGCGUGGACAGGGCGGGCGCCGGGGCGGGGCGCGCGUCCUCGCCAGUUUGAAUGGAAGGAUCCAGAUCUGCAGAGACGGCGGCCAGCAGAUACUGAGGCCAGCACUCCUCCCCAGCCCCCGCGCCCGAGACAUGCGGCGGGAGAGGUGAGCAGGGCGGGCCGCGCCAUGGGAACGGCGAGGCCGGGGACAAACACUGAGGACGGCGAGGCGCGGAGGUGCGGCGCCCCCCGCCCGCGUCCCCGCCAUGGAGGUGCUGCGGCGCUCCUCGGUCUUCGCCGCCGAGAUCAUGGACGCCUUUGACCGCUCGCCCACCGACAAGGAGCUGGUGGCCCAGGCCAAGGCGCUCGGCCGGGAGUUCGUGCACGCGCGGCUGCUGCGCGCCGGCCUCGCCUGGAGCGCGCCGGAGCGCGCCGCGCCCGCCCCCGGCGGCCGCCUGGCCGAAGUGUGCGCGGUGCUGCUGCGCCUGGCGGAUGAGCUGGAGCUGAUCCGGCCCAGCGUCUACCGCAACGUGGCCCGCCAGCUGAACAUCUCCCUGCAGUCCGAGACCGUGGUGACCGACGCCUUCCUGGCUGUGGCAGCCCAGAUCUUUUCUGCAGGAACCUUAUACGACUGGCAAGCACUGUUCCCCAGAUUGUCAUUCGUCUGUCUUUCCUCGCAGGAAUCACCUGGGGCAAGGUCGUGUCCCUGUACUCAGUGGCUGCGGGGCUGGCCGUGGACUGCGUGCGACAGGCCCAGCCCGCCCUGGUCCACGCCCUCGUGGACUGCCUCGGGGAGUUCGUGCGCAAGACGCUGGCGACCUGGCUGCGGAGACGCGGUGGAUGGACGGAUGUGCUCAAGUGCGUGGUCAGCACCGACCCCGGCCUCCGCUCGCACUGGCUCGUGGCCGCGCUCUGCGGCUUCGGCCGCUUCCUGAAGGCUGCAUUCUUCAUGCUGCUGCCGGAGAGAUGAGCUGCCGGCUUGGGCAGGGGCCGCAGCCCGGCCCCCGUACCCAGGAGGCCCUCGGCCCCCGAAAGCAUCACCCUCUGCCCCACCCAAGCCGGGAAGACCCUCGGAGCCCCGUGUCGAAGCUGGAAGCCCUGCCCUGAGCCCCUCCUCCACAGACCCAGGCCCUCCGGACAGGGAAGUGGGGGGCUUCCUGGCCCUGGAGCUGGGCUUCAGGGCCGACGGGGGGCCCUUCCCCAUCGUUCCCCCUCUCCCGGAACCCCCGCUGGUCCCCUUCUUUCUAGAGCCAGAAAGUCAGGGUCACGUGCCAGGCCCUGAAGGAAGGGAGCCGGGAGCGCCAAGCUCUCACUCGACGCCGGGCCCCGUCCGUGUGGGCUUCCCACGUCAGGACGUGAGCUGGCCACGGUGCUCCCGGGCAGGGGGCCUGGACGCGGGCCUGGAGGCGACUCCCGAGGCUGGAGGAGCCGUGGAGCGUUACUGGCUCCACACGUGGGGCCUAAGGCUCGUGUGGUGGCUGCUGAACCCGUUUCUAGAGGGAGGGCGUGUCCCCCGUGCACCGGGGGUGGGUCUCUGCGUGGCAGGGUCCUGUGGACGCGGGAGCCCACGACCGAGAAGGAUGGUGUGCUUGUCCGAUCCCAAUAAAGCUCCGCAGCCGUGGAGGGUGA